GCUGCAGGCCGCACCCAGCUGGGCGGCGGGGGCGAGCUGGAGGGCUGAGGGCUGAGUGCUGAGGGCGGGAGAGGCCGAGGGCUGCGGCAGGAGGCUGGGGUGAGCGACAGCCAGGGGGCGGAGCCCAGCGCGAGCUGCAGGCGAGGCGGCGGCCGCACUCGGACCCGGGAAGCUGCGCGCUGCCCCCUGAUUCUCCGCGGAGGACCCUAGAAAAAUUGUGCAAUGAAUGGUGAUACCCGGGCUGCAGUGGUGACCUCACCACCCCCAACCACGGCUCCUCACAAGGAGAGGUACUUUGACAGAGUCGAUGAGAACAAUCCAGAAUAUUUGCGGGAGAGGAAUAUGGCACCAGACCUUCGUCAGGACUUCAAUAUGAUGGAGCAGAAGAAGAGGGUAUCCAUGAUUCUACAGAGUCCCGCCUUCUGUGAAGAACUGGAAUCAAUGAUACAGGAACAGUUUAAGAAGGGGAAGAAUCCCACAGGCCUGUUGGCAUUACAACAGAUUGCAGAUUUUAUGACAGCGAAUGUACCAAAUGUCUACCCUGCAGCGCCACAGGGAGGAAUGGCCGCCUUGAACAUGAGUCUUGGUAUGGUUACUCCUGUGAAUGACCUUAGAGGAUCUGAUUCUAUUGCAUAUGACAAAGGGGAGAAGUUAUUGCGGUGUAAAUUGGCAGCAUUUUACAGACUAGCAGAUCUCUUUGGGUGGUCUCAGCUUAUCUACAAUCAUAUCACAACCAGAGUGAACUCCGAGCAGGAGCACUUCCUCAUCGUCCCGUUUGGACUUCUCUACAGUGAAGUGACUGCGUCCAGCUUGGUUAAGGUCAAUCUACAAGGAGAUAUAGUAGAUCGUGGAAGUACUAACCUAGGAGUAAAUCAGGCUGGCUUCACAUUACAUUCUGCCAUUUAUGCUGCACGACCAGAUGCUAAGUGUAUUGUGCACAUCCACACACCAGCAGGGGCUGCGGUCUCUGCAAUGAAAUGUGGGCUCUUGCCUAUCUCCCCGGAGGCACUUUCUCUUGGAGAUGUUGCUUAUCAUGACUAUCAUGGCAUUCUGGUUGAUGAAGAGGAAAAAAUUCUGAUACAGAAAAAUCUGGGCCCUAAAAGCAAGGUUCUCAUUCUCCGGAAUCAUGGGCUUGUGUCAGUUGGAGAGAGUGUGGAGGAGGCCUUCUAUUACAUCCAUAACCUGGUGGUUGCAUGUGAGAUCCAGGUUCGAACUCUGGCAAGUGCUGGAGGACCAGACAACUUAGUUCUGCUGGAUCCUGGGAAGUACAAAGCCAAAUCCCGUUCUCCAGGGACCCCAGCAGGGGAAGGCACUGGGUCACCUCCGAAGUGGCAGAUUGGGGAGCAAGAAUUUGAAGCUCUUAUGCGGAUGCUUGAUAAUCUGGGCUAUAGAACUGGCUACCCUUAUCGAUACCCUGCUCUCAGAGAGAGAUCUAAAAAGUACAGCGAUGUGGAAAUCCCUGCCAGUGUCACAGGCCACUCCUUUGCUAGUGAUGGUGAUUCGGGCACUUGCUCACCUCUCAGACACAGUUUUCAGAAGCAGCAGCGAGAGAAGACAAGAUGGCUGAACUCUGGCCGAGGUGAUGAAGCUUCUGAGGAGGGGCAGAACGGAAGCAGUCCCAAGUCGAAGACUAAGGUGUGGACGAACAUUACACACGAUCACGUGAAACCCUUGCUGCAGUCUCUCUCGUCCGGUGUCUGCGUGCCAAGCUGUAUUACCAACUGCUUGUGGACUAAAGAGGAUGGACAUAGAACUUCCACCUCUGCCGUCCCUAACCUGUUUGUUCCAUUGAACACUAACCCCAAAGAGGUCCAGGAGAUGAGAAACAAGAUUCGAGAGCAGAACUUACAGGACAUUAAGACGGCAGGACCUCAGUCCCAGGUUUUGUGUGGUGUAGUGAUGGACAGAAGCCUCGUUCAGGACGCACCCCUCUCUGACUGUACGGAAACUAUCGAAGGGCUCGAGUUUACAGAGCAGACCUUUAGUCCCGCUAAAUCUGUCUCUUUUAGAAAGGGAGAGCUGGUAACAGCUUCCAAAGCCAUCAUUGAGAAGGAAUACCAGCCCCAUGUAAUCGUGAGCACCACAGGCCCCAACCCCUUCAACACACUCACAGACCGAGAACUAGAGGAGUACCGUCGAGAGGUGGAGCGGAAGCAGAAGGGCUCUGAAGAAAAUCUGGACGAGACAAGAGAACAGAAAGAAAAGAGUCCUCCAGACCAGUCCGCUGUCCCCAGCACGCCCCCCAGCACUCCUGUCAAGCUUGAAGAAGACCUUCCCCAGGAGCCGACAUCCAGGGAUGAUGGCGAUGCCGCCACCUUCAAGCCAACUCUCCCUGACCUCUCCCCUGAUGAGCCUUCAGAAGCACCUGGCUUCCCAGCGGUGGCGGAGGAAGCCCGUGGUUCCCCAGAUCCCACUCAGCCCCUUGCUGAGGCUGACCCUGAGCCCGCCUCAGCUUCAGCUCCAGGGGCUGAAGAGGUAGCCUCCGCUGCCACUGAGGAGGGGUCUCCCAUGGACCCUGGCAGCGAUGGGUCUCCAGGCAAGUCCCCGUCCAAAAAGAAGAAGAAGUUCCGCACCCCUUCCUUCCUGAAGAAGAGCAAGAAGAAGAGUGACUCCUGAAGGCCCGCCCUGCACACUGUCCUGUCUACAGAACUGGCUCUGCCAGGAUUCCCCUUUCAUCUUGUAUUCUGUCCUCUUGUGUAAUGGAAUGCAAAAAGCCAAGACUUCCAUGUAACUAGAGCCCUCCCAUGUGUGCACAGCCCCUGCACCAGUGCUAACCUUGUGUGUGUUCAGCCGCCUACCCUGGGCCUUGGGUUCUGUGGGGAGAUGGGCUUAGCCUAUACCUGUGAGUUGUGGCCCCUGCAGGAGGGGGACACUGAAUCCUGGUCCUGGCUGGAAGGCCUCGGAGGCUUCUGCCAGCUCUGGUUACAGCGUCCCCCUCCUGAGCCUUGCCUCUCACUCUCUUUCUGUUGUGAGUAUUGAAUUGUCUGCUCAGUUUCCCUCCACCCAGUGGAGUCUCAGGUGGCUGAUUUGGACUUGGCUUCUGCUGGCAUCCUCUGCUCAGUGAUGUCAGUUAUCCCCAUACACAGGGAAUGCAGCUGUAGUCUGAGAACACUUUCAUGCCUGUCAGCGGCCCAGGGCACUGCGGCUGCCUUAGAAAUGGGUUGAGCCUGCUGCCCUAGCAGAGAGUGACGCUGUGUACACCCAGCACAAUGCUAUGCAUGGUCUAACUGGUGACCCCAUGACCAAAACCAGAACCAGAUUCAGGCGCUCAUAGUUUAUCUUACUGGGGUCUUGGAUUCCCAUCAUAGGGAACAGAUACCCGGAGGGGGAAGAGUCCUUUCUAGAACUUUCUUUCAGCAGGUUUGCAAUUUAUCCUACAUUUUGACUGUGAAUUUGAAUAGGCCACUUUUUGCUUUAGUUUUGUUGUAGAACCUGUGACAGAUUGCAGCAGAACACUCUUGAUUUGUGUGGGGAGGUUUUGUAGCGGAGCAGGGAUCUUAACUCAGUCUGGAAGAUGCCCUGGUUUUGAUAAAGGGUAACUCAUGGUAGAAGCCGGCCUUGGAGGUGCCAACUAAUGUCUUGCAUCAUUCAUGGAGCCCAUGACUUCCUUGAUUCAUCCUAUUGUGAAUUUUUACUUAACUUUCAUCCCUGGAAAAGGGCUUGAAACUGCUUAGUGGGAAAUGCAGGGUGUCAGGUGGAAUUGUAAUGGGGGUCCCUAUUUCAGGAACCAUCACUGCCAGCCUGACUAGGAGUGAGGAAGCCUGCUGGAGCCCUAGACACCUCUGCUGGGGUUGGGCCUCUGUAGAGCAGGUGUUAGGGUGUGGACGGAGCCCUGUGAUCCUCCCAACCGGCACCAAGCAGACCCCACAGCCUGCUGCUUGUCUCACCUUGUCACUGAGGUGGAAUGAAGUUCUCACCCUAGUCCUGAUUUCAUUCAUCUGGACUCUUCCUUGUCCUUCCUGCCCCUUCCUUUAUCCCACAUAUGCAAUGACUCUUCUCACUUUUGUAGUCUAAUUCUUUGUAUUACACAUGAAAUAUCGUUGCAUAUAUGGACAGACUUGGAGGACAGGUCCUGCUUGUCCUUUCCUCAUUGUAACAGGUUUUACUCACAAAUAAAAGUCUUUAAGCAGUUUUCUUGUCUAA